AUGUUGCAAUUCUGCCUGCCUUCAUCUUAUGAUGAACUUGACACUAAGCCUUCAUCUGGCUUCCACAGCGGUAUGGGUGAUGACUCAGAGCUCUAUGCUGCACGCUUAGCAUCCACACCUCAACAAGCUGAACCCCCCAAGCUUGCCCAUAUAUCUGGCAGUUCUGGCACUAACGGCACUCUCAGCCGUGCUCAUAGCCUUCGUUCAAGCUCUCCGGACUCCCCGUCGUCUGUUAAAUUAGCAUCAGUUGCUAAUACUAGCAGUACCUCUGCGCCAGAUGCAGAGGAUGAUAACUUCCCACCGACACCUCAAUCCAAGCAAUCCUGCGGCGCAUAUUAUGUCGUUAAGCCCUCUGAUGGGAUUGGUUCACCAACCCCAAAUUGCAUCCCCAAGACUGACAACACCGCUGCUUUCUCCCUUUAUCCUCCGAUCACAUCUUUCGAAGAGCAACAUUAUUUUGAUAGAUUUCUGGGCAGACCCGUCAAUGAUAACGAUUCACUGGAGGAUGUCAGCCAGAGAGUUCAGGAUAUUUACAAAAGCCACAUAGGGCGGCUUAGCGCGAACUCUGUUCACUGUGCCAUUCACUACAAGGAGGCUGUUAGGGAACGCAAACGCAUGUGCUGGUACACCGCACGAUGGGAGGUUGUGGAAGUACAAAGGCUGCACACGCUCCUUCGUUCCUUGUGCGAAGAAUCAGAAACAGAGUUUAUCAUGGCAGAUCGAGAAUCGCGUUGGCUACUGGACAUUCUGGUUGAACGACAGACACUGCCUGUUACCGCUGCACAAGCCGAAUAUACUGCUGCAACUUGCGACACAGCCAAGAAAUCUCUCCAUUUGGCCGAUGCAGAACUUGCCAUGCUCAAUGGUCGUGCUACCGUGCAGUAG